AUGGAUGGGGUCCUGGCAGGGGGCCUAGCUGCCCCAGACCGCCCCCGAGGCCCCGAAAGACUGCCUGGCCCAGCGCCGAGGGAGGACAUCGAGGGUGGGACUGAGGCUGCCGAGGGGGAAGGUGGCAUCUUCCGAUCCACUCGUUACCUGCCUGUCACCAAAGAGGGCCCCCAAGAUAUUCUGGAUGGCAGAGGUGGCAUUUCUGGCUCUCCCCCACCCCACUUCCUGGGCCACUUUCCUGGCCCUCACGAUGGCCAGGGGCCCUGGGAGCACCCCCUGGUCCAGGAGGGCAUCCCCUCAGAGCGGAGGUUCGAGGACUCGGUCAUUGUGAGGACCGUGAAGCCCCACGCUGAGCUCGAGGGCGCUAAAAGGCUCUUACACCACCACCAGGGGGGACCAAAGCUGGCGGGAAAGGAACCCCGCGGCCUCGCUGGCCUCCCCUGGCUUGAGGAUGUCGAGGAGCAGGCCUUCCCUCAGGACGUGGGGCUGCACCUGGACUCCUUCCGGAGGGUCCUCGUGCCAACAGAUGACAACCCCCAGACGAUGACCGUGACAGUCACACAAGAGGACCCCGAAGCCCUGACCCCACCACCCGAGUGGAGCCUGCCGAGGGCAGCCCUGGAGGUGGCCACACAGACCUGGACGGUGAACUCGGAGGCCUCUGUGGAGCGGCUGCAGCCUCUGCUGCCCCCUGUGCAGACUGGACCUUACCUGUGCGAGCUCCUGGAGGAGGUGGCCGAGGGCACAGUUAGCCCCGAUGAGGAUGAGGAGGAAGAUGAGGAGCCGGCCGUGUUCCCAUGCAUCGAGUGCAGCAUCUACUUCCGGCAGAAGGAGCACCUCCUGGAGCACAUGAGCCAGCACCGGCGCACCCCGGGCCAGGAGCCCCCAGCCGAGCUGGCCCCCCUGGCCUGUGGCGAGUGUGGCUGGGCCUUCGCCGACCCCGGCACCCUGGAGCAGCACCAACAGCUGCAUCAGAGCUCCCGGGAGAAGAUCAUCGAGGAGAUCCAGAAGCUGAAGCAGGUGCCGGAGGACGAGGGCCGCCAGGCACGCCUGCAGUGCUCCAAGUGCGUCUUCGGCACCAACUCCUCCAAGGCCUUCGGUCAGCACACCAAGCUGCACGCGCGGGAGCACCGCGGCCCGGUGGCCUCGGAGCCCUUCGGCAGCACCGGGGGCAGCAGUGCCGGCAGCCCCGGCCCGGAGACGCCCAACCUUGCCUUCCAGCCCUACGCGUCCUCCCCGGGCCUCAGUGCCUGCAUCUUCUGUGGCUUCCCCGCCCCCAGCGAGAGCCUGCUCAGGGAGCACGUGCGCUUUGUGCACGCCCGUCCGCACUGGGAUGACGGCGAGGCUUUCCAGGAGGACCCUGCCGGCCAGCCGGGCACCAGCCAGGACGCGUACGCCCACUUCCCCGACGCCACCGAAGACUCUUUUGGCAAAGCUGAACCGCUUGUGGCCUCCUCGUGGCAGGCGAGUCCUGCAGGGUACAACUCCAGCCUGGCUUUCGAGGCAGCCUGCCAGCCGCUGGGCGAGCAGGAGUUCCCACUGUCAAAGUCGCCACCGUGUGGCGCCCCCCAGAGGCCGCUGGGGAAACCGCCCUAUUCUUCCCCGCCAGCACCCGCCCCUUACUCUGUGCAGCCCGGUAGAAAUAAAAGCUCUGUCCACCUGCUCCACCUCCAGGAGCUCGGGGACACUUUGGGCUGCGAGUUCCCGGGCCAGUUAGGAGACCAGAGACACCCCUGGAGUGGAGAGGAGGAUGACAUGAUCCUGACCUCUGAAAUAGACUUAACUCCCGAAAACGGGGUCUAUGCACCCCCAGUCGCCCCCCUCAUCCCACAGACAGCCCUGGAGCUCAAGCGUGCUUUCCAAGGAGCCCUGUGGGCCGCUGAGGGCUCACAGGCCCAGCAACAGCAGCUCCGGAAGAUGGUCCCAGUUGUAGUGAUGGCAAAGCUCACACCAGAAGUCAUGGCAGCCGCCAGGGUACCCCCUAGGCUGCAGGUGGAGGAGCUGGAGCUGAGGGGCAACCACCCCCUGGAUUUCCUGUUGCUGGACGCACCACUGGAUGACCCGCUGGGCCUGGACACACUCCUUGAUGGGGACCCGGCAGCUCUGAAGCAUGAGGAAAGGAAAUGUCCCUAUUGCCCUGACCGUUUCCACAAUGGCAUUGGGCUGGCCAACCAUGUCCGGGGCCACCUGAACCGCGUGGGCGUCAGCUAUAACGUGAGGCACUUCAUCUCAGCUGAGGAGGUCAAAGCCAUCGAGCGAAGGUUCUCCUUCCAGAAGAAGAAGAAAAAAGUGGCUAACUUCGACCCAGGCACCUUCAGCCUGAUGCGCUGUGACUUCUGUGGGGCUGGCUUUGACACGAGGGCAGGCCUCUCCAGCCAUGCCCGGGCCCACCUGCGAGACUUUGGCAUCACCAACUGGGAAGUCACCGUCUCACCUAUCAACAUCCUGCAGGAGCUGCUGGCUACCUCGGCGGCUGAGCAGCCCCCCAGUCCCCUGGACCGUGAGGCUGGGGGGCCACCUGGCGCCUUCCUUACCUCUCGGCGGCCCCGCUUACCUCUCACGGUACCCUUCCCACCCACUUGGGCCGAGGAUACUGGAUCAGUCUACGGAGAUGCCCAGAGCCUGACCACCUGUGAGGUGUGUGGCGCCUGUUUUGAGACGCGCAAAGGCCUGUCCAGCCACGCGCGCUCCCACCUGCGGCAGCUGGGGGUGGCUGAAUCAGAGAGCAGCGGUGCCCCCAUCGACCUCCUCUAUGAGCUCGUCAAGCAGAAGGGUCUGCCCGACAUGCCCCUCGGGCUGCCUCCAGGCCUGACCAAGAAGUCCAGCUCACCAAAGGAGGUGGUCACAGGAGUCCCAAGACCCGGCCUGCUCGCCCUGGCCAAGCCCCUGGAUGCCCCUGCUGUCAACAAGGCCAUCAAGUCACCUCCUGGCUUCUUGGCGAAAAGCCUGUCCCACUCUCCCAGCUCCCCGCUGCUCAAGAAAACACCACUGACCCUGGCGGGCUCGCCAGCCCUGAAGAACCCUGAGGACAAGAGCCCCCAGCUGUCCUUGAGCCCCCGACCAGCCUCCCCAAAGGCACAGUGGCCUCAGUCGGAGGAUGAGGGGCCCCUGAACCUCACUUCAGGCCCCGAGCCGACCCGGGAUAUCCGCUGUGAGUUCUGCGGUGAGUUCUUCGAGAAUCGCAAGGGCCUGUCCAGCCACGCACGCUCCCACCUGCGGCAGAUGGGUGUGACCGAGUGGUAUGUCAAUGGCUCACCUAUUGACACACUACGAGAGAUCCUCAAGAGACAGCAGGCCCACUCCCGACCUGGUGGACCCCUGAACCCGCCGGGACCCAGCCCUAAGACCCUGGCCAAGAUAGUGGGCGGUCCAGGGAGCUCACUGGAAGGCCGCAGCCCUGCCGAUCUGCUGUCACCCCUGGCCAAGAAAUUGCCAGCAGCACCAGGCAGCCCCCUAGGCCACUCACCAACAGCUUCUCCAGCCCCCACGGCCCGGAAGAUGUUUGCAGGCCUGGCUGCUCCCUCCCUGUCGAAGAAGUUGAAGCCUGAACAGAUGCGGGUGGAGAUCAAGCGGGAGAUGCUGCCGGGGGCCCUUCACGGGGAGUCGCACCUGUCUGAAGGGCCCUGGGUGGCGUCUCGGGAAGACCUGACCCCCCUGAACUUGUCGUCCCGAGCUGAGCCAACCCGUGACAUCCGCUGUGAGUUCUGUGGCGAAUUCUUCGAGAACCGCAAGGGCCUCUCCCUCCCUGCAGAGGUCAAGGCCAAGACCUACAUCCAGACUGAACUACCCUUCAAGACCAAGACCAUCCAUGAGAAGACCUCCCACUCCUCCACCGAGGCCUGCUGUGAGCUGUGUGGCCUCUAUUUUGAAAACCGCAAGGCCUUGGCCAGCCAUGCACGGGCCCAUCUGCGACAGUUCGGCGUGACUGAAUGGUGCGUCAAUGGCUCACCUAUUGAGACGCUGAGUGAAUGGAUCAAACAUCGGCCCCAGAAGGUGGGCGCCUACCGCAGCUAUAUCCAGGGUGGCCGCCCUUUCACCAAGAAGUUCCGCAGCGCAGGCCAUGGCCGUGAUGGUGACAAGCGGCUGGCCUUUGGCCUUAUGCCUGGUGGCCUGGCCAUGGUUGGCCGCAGUGUCGGGGGUGAGCUGGGUCCUGAGGCAGGCCGGGCAGCCGACAGCGGGGAGAGGCCCCUGGUGGCCAGCCCACCGGGCACUGUGAAGGCUGAGGAGUACCAGCGGCAGAACAUCAACAAAUUUGAGCGCCGCCAAGCCCGGCCCCCGGAUGCAGCCUCGGCCCGGGGUGGUGAGGAAAUGAGUGAUCUACAACAGAAGUUAGAGGAGGCACGGCAGCCCCCGCCCCGGGUCCGACCAGUGCCCUCGCUGGUGCCCCGGCCCCCCCAGACCUCACUCGUCAAGUUUGUUGGCAACAUCUACACACUCAAGUGCAGGUUCUGUGAGCUGGAAUUCCAGGGCCCUCUCUCCAUCCAAGAGGAGUGGGUGCGGCACUUACAGCGGCACAUUCUGGAGAUGAAUUUCUCCAAAGCAGACCCCCCGCCGGAGGAGCCCCAGGCCCCACCGGCACAGACAGCAGCGGCUGAGGCGCCCUAA